ACAAUCCCGACCAUCGAUCGCGGUGCGAGACGCAGGCGUCGCUUUCUUCAUGGACGCUGCUGUACACUGUCACCGACGGUUGUCCUGCGAUAGGGCAUUUUCCCCGAGAAAACCCCCCGUAUUUACCGGCAACAGUGAAAAUCUCAUAAUUCAUGAAUUUUUGUCGAUGCCACCUGAAGAUGUUGCAGAACUGACGAAACGGCGCGCAAGUUUUCCGGGUGGAUUUUCCUACUUGCAGCUAUUGUUUUUGUCAGGGUUGCAACAGUUCUGGAUAUGAUGCUUGAGUAAGCAGGCUUAUAGAAGGAAACACAGAUGGAGAUCGUGAAGGAAACAACUGAGGCAUGAAAUUAAAACUGGAUACCGCAACCCCGCAUUGAACCCUCCGUUGGCUCUAUGAAAUAGGAAACCAUUCACGGAUUUUAAGAAAGUGUUCGUUAUGGGUUCCAGCAGUGGGGGCAAAAAGAAAUAUGUUAAUUAUAGAAAUCGACAGAGGGCGCAGAUGAGUUUUUUUAUAGUUGUUAUAUUUUUCGCCGUGUUUGGAUUAAUAGUUUUUGCCGAGAUAUUUUUGAUCGACGAGAGAGGAAAAGGUGCUGGCGUUCUCGUAAGACAUGGUUCUCUGGUGUACCAUUCAAGACAGCAGGAUAUAAACGAAUAUGAAGAAUCAUUGCAGAACGAUGAUUACAUAUCAAUACGUCUAGGUUCAGACUUGGGCAGCCUUGACAAUAGCAUCGGAGCUCUUCUACUGGGAAGAAAUCAGAUGCCCUUACCUGGUGUUGAGGAUGCUGAAAUUCAGUCUUCCAAAGAUAUUUUAGAUAAUAACCAUUCAUUUUACCCUACCCAUUUACUACCUUCGAAAGGAGCUUGGCAAAAAGUGAACGGCACUAGAUAUAAGUUUUUCGUAUUUUCCGCUUUUUAUGACAGACGGAGGUUGCAGAGAUCGAUAAGGAUAAUUGCGGCAACGAAAACCAGGGGGCCUGACAAGGUGUCGUGUAAAUUCUGGUACAAAUCUGCAGAUGAUAAUCCAGGUAAUUUCACUUCGAAAUGGGUGCCAGCUAAGAUAAGGGUAAGAAAUGAAUUAUUCAAAGUUAUCUCAUUUAAUUUAAUUAUUUCCAAGCAGGUAAUUCGGGAAAAUUGGAAUUUAAAAUACAGCGCUUGUUUUGUAAUGUGUCCCCUAGCACAGAAUCAGUCUGCUCCUAAUUUCGUCUCUGUGGUCAUUAAAAAGAACUCUAUGCCGACGAAUCUGUUGGAAGUCAUAGAUAAUUUUAACGAGACCAAGACUGUCAACAAGUUCGCAGUUUGCGUUAAGCCUCUGCAUUUUAAUUACAAUAGGGCACUGCAGAUUCUAGAAUUCAUCGAACUGAAUAGAAUAAUGGGAGUGGAACAUUUUACCUUUUACAAUCAUACAAUAGGACCACAAGUGAACUGUCUUCUGAAGGACUACAUCGAACAGGGAUUGGUCACGUUGCUUCCCUGGCAACUCGAUAUGACAUCGCAAAAGGAAAUAAGAACAGAAGGCCUGUUUGCUGCUUUAAACGAUUGUUUGUAUAGAUCUAUGUAUAGAUAUACUCACGUUUCCUUGAUUGAUUUGGACGAAUAUAUAAUACCAAGGCAUAACGAAACUCUACCACAGCUCAUAGAUUUUCUGAACCGACGUAUGAACACACGAACAACGGGUUCCUACUCUUUCCAAAACGCGUUUUUCUACCUACAGUGGGGUGACGAUGACUCCGUUUUCAAUUCCAACGAUCCAAUCGCCACCAAUUUGGUCAUCUUGAAGAAAACGAGGAGAAGAAGCAAGCUUCAUCCGCACAAACAGAGGUCCAAGUACAUAUGCAGGCCGGAACUAGUGGUGGAGGCGGGCAAUCACUUCGUUUGGGAAUUUUUACCAGGCCACGGCACUCUGAACGUACCCCCUGACGCGGCCAUCUUGCAUCAUUACAGGGUGUGCGAGUUCGGCGGUAACGACUGUAUAAAAACUCCCUCCACGGUAGACACUACAGCGUUUAGGUAUAGGGACAAACUUGUGAGUCGAGUGAGUGGCAGUUGGGAGAAGAAUAAGUACAAGUGUGAGCUGGAUGAUCCACCCCUGCCCCCCAGUAGGGUGUUCAGCAAAAUUAUGAACAUUUUGAAGUCUUCUGAGGAGAGAUAAUGGUUGGAAAAUGGGGUGAUUCGUGAAAAUGAUGUUUUGUAGGAAUUCGAGCGCAUAGAGAGGUGAAGCACAGAAUACAAAUAUGUAUACCGAAUGUGAGCCAUAGAGUACAGAGCAUAGAGCUUAUUGACAUAGAAAAAUUUUGAGACCAUAGAUUGAAUGUCAAUCCAAUUCAAUGGAGUGUUUUCACAGAAAUAAUACUCGGUUUCAGAAGUCUUACAUUUGAUAGUGGAGAAGUUA